UUAGUAUGGUGUUCCUAAUAAUCUUUUAGGUGAGUGUGUGUCAGUGUGUGUGUUUGUGUGGUAUUUUAAUAUGAGUCAUUAGAUGUUUUGACUUAGAACUGAACUGAUUUCAUACCUAAUGUUACGUGUCACAUGCCAAAAUGCAUUAGAAUCAGUUUAGAACAUUACUAAUGUUAACAUAUUUAACUACAAAAGUAACGUGUUACACACUGUAGAUGUGACCAAAAAAAGUCACUUUUUAGGGAAUAACUCAAUGGUGUGCAACUACUGUUGUUACCCAAUAUUGUAACUGCUAUAUAUAUGUUUUAAAGCUUGCUGUGUGUACUUUGCUAUAACAGACUCGUUACUGUUGCGCUCUUGUUGCUUCUAUUGCUCUCCUCAUCUGUAAGUCGCUUUGGAUAAAAGCUUCUGCUAAAUGAAUAAAUGGAAAUGGAAACUGGUAUGAGUGUGUGGGACAGUGUGGUGUGUGUAACUGGUAUCACGUCUCGAUGUGUUGCAGGAUGAGCUGUAAGGUGGCGCUGUUGCUGCUCCUCUCCGGCGCGCUGUACGUCUCCGCCGCCCGUAAGAAACGUCCGCACUCCUCCAUCCCGUCCUCCUACAAGCCCGGCUCCAACGCCUCGGACCGGCGCGGACAGGAAGUGUUGGCGUCCAGCCAGGAAGCGCUGGUGGUGACGGAGCGGCAGUACCUGCGGAGCGACUGGUGUAAGACUCAGCCGCUGCGUCAGACGGUCAGCCAGGACUCGUGCCGGAGCCGCACCGUCAUCAACCGCUUCUGCUACGGCCAGUGCAACUCCUUCUACAUCCCGCGGCACGUGCGCAAGGAGCAGGAGUCGUUCCAGUCGUGCGCCUUCUGCCGGCCGCAGCGCUUCACCAGCCUCACGGUGGAGCUCGAGUGUCCCGACCUGCAGCCGCCCGUCCGGUUCCGCAAGAUCCCGCGGGUCAAGCAGUGCCGCUGCAUGUCCGUCAGCGUGUCCGAGGCCGGCAAGCUGUGAGCGCUCACUGACACUCGAUCCAGAACACACUCUCAGAAGAGUAUACACAACCUGGAACACUCUUAAAGGGAUAGUUCACACAGAAAUGAACAUUAGCCCAUGAUUUACUCACUGUCAGACGAAUACUAUCCGAGUUAUGUUAAAAAAAUGUCCCGGCUCUUCCUAGCUUUAUAGUGGCCGUUUCUGUUUUGAAGUCCAUAAACUUGCAUCCACCAUCAUAUAAGUGCACCCACGGCUUCAUACUGUGUGCAGAACCUUUCACGCUUGGGGUCCCCUGUGUGGUUGCACAUUGACACUAACAGUCAGUCACUAAUCCUCUAAUGACAUGGAGUUAGUUAUGGACUGUCUAAAGUAGGCGAUGGAUCUAAAGUUAGAGCUAUUGCUUUCCUGGAGCUCAGAGAGCAGAGCGCUGGCAACAUCACGGUCAUGGGUUCGAGUCCCAGGGAAAGCAAGAACUGGUAAGGAUGUAAAUGUGUAGCUUGAAUCGCAAUGUUGAUCAUUUGGGAUAAAAGUGUCUGAAACACGACAGUAUUAUGCUAUAAUUUCUCCUCGAUCCUUUUUUCUAAGCGUUCAGACUGGUUAUAGAGAUUCUAUAGAAAUAAGGUACCACAGAACUAUAUAUACAUGUGUGUAUGUAGAGAAACAACUCAAGUCCAUAUCAAAACUAUAGCUUAUUGUGCGUGAUGUAAAGCAGUUUUUCUUCAUCAAAGUUAAUAAAACUAAGAUUAUUGGAGUUUUACACGAAAACACAAUUUGUCUUUUUGCUUCAUUGUAACUUGCCGUUUCUGAGUGAAAGUUGUUUCAGAGUAACUCCAGAUCACACCAGUAUACUCCAGUCAUUGACUGUAAAAGAUACACUGACACCAGUAUUCCCCAGUACACCAGAUGUAAAUCUGCAGAUUUGUGUUUGCUGAUUUUGAGAGAAAGUCUGUAAGAGAUUUCAAUUAUCGGGAACUGGAGCUAUUAAACAUGUCUGUUCACUGAAAUUAAUUAUUAGUUGGAAAUUAGAAAUUUUAACUUAAAUACGUUUUAGUUGAAGCACUAACAUUAUAAA